UGCAUCGCUAGCACAGUUGGGCCGAGCUGCCGAAAGGUCUGGUCGCAGAGGCAGGGACGCGUACUCGUCAGCGUGCUCCAUCCCGACAGCAUCCUUCCGCGGCUCGGCAGGGCAGCGAGCCUCUGGACACCCGCCCCUCCGCUCCGCGGAAAAGCCUGAUGAAGUCCUCCGAUAUCGAUCAGGAUUUAUUUACAGACAGUUACUGCAAGGUGUGCAGUGCACAGCUGAUAUCUGAAUCCCAGCGCGUGGCUCAUUACGAGAGUCGAAAACAUGCAAGCAAAGUCCGACUGUAUUACAUGCUUCACCCCAGGGAUGGUGGGUGUCCAGCCAAGAGGCUCCGGUCAGAAAAUGGAAAUGACGCCGAUAUGGUUGAUAAGAAUAAGUGCUGUACGCUCUGUAACAUGUCCUUUACCUCGGCAGUGGUGGCUGACUCACAUUAUCAAGGCAAAAUCCAUGCCAAAAGGUUAAAACUGUUGCUAGGAGAGAAGACCCCACUAAAGACCACAGCAACACCCCUGAACUCACUUAAACCUCCACGGGUGGACACUGCUCCAGUGGUCGCAUCCCCCUAUCAAAGAAGAGAUUCGGACAGAUACUGUGGGCUCUGUGCAGCCUGGUUUAACAAUCCUCUCAUGGCCCAGCAACAUUACGAUGGCAAGAAACACAAAAAGAAUGCAGCAAGAGUUGCUUUAUUAGAACAACUUGGGACAACUCUGGAUAUGGGGGAACUAAGAGGUCUGAGGCGCAAUUACAGAUGUACGAUCUGCAGUGUCUCUCUAAACUCCAUAGAACAGUAUCAUGCCCAUCUGAAAGGAUCAAAACACCAGACCAACCUGAAGAAUAAGUAGUGAAAACAUCAAUCAAGAGAUGAGAAAAAAAAAAAAAGUCAGGAUUUCUCUGCCGUGGAGAAUUGCUUAUCAACCACCAGAGGAAGAUUCUUUCUUGAACAAUGAACAUUUCUUAUGAGGAUUCACAGAUUAACAUAUGACUAAUCUUAGUUUUGGAGAGUGAAUGAGCGUUCUUGCUUUCUUUCUUUCUUUUAAUUUUGUGGUAAGUUAUGAUAUUUGGAUGGAUUUUUUAAUUCUUCCCUGAUGAUCUAUUUAGCACAUGUUCUAAAUUAUAAUCCUACAGCAAACAGUGGGAACAUCAUUCAGACUUAAAGACAGUGGGAAGAUCUCAAUUUCCAAUUUAUUCUAGAUUUCUUCAACAUAUAAUUAUUCCAUUAAGUCCUUGAUGAUUGAGAUGUAAAGCACCUUUAUCAAGAAAUACACAUUAUUUUUCCAUCACACUGAACAUGAUUGGUGGCAACACGCACGGAACCAGAACAAGUCACUACUAGUAGAAGAUAUAUAAUGGACACAAUUACUACUCCUUCAUUUCAUCUUCAAAACUGUGAACGAGGUUUGUCAUCUGAAUGACAAGAAUAAAGAGGGUGAAUAAAGGAAGAAGCCCAUCCUUUUUUUCUGAUCACUCAAAGAACAGUUUCUCAAGGUUAAGCCAAGUCCUCUUUGCAAGCUGCCAAAAUAAUAGCUUAGGAAAAGAAUUAGUUUGCCUGCAUGAUGAUCCUCUUAGGCAAAAAAUGUCUUCACAGCCGUUGACCUUGAUGAAACGUUUUCCCAAAGGCAUCCAAGAGAAGAAUUACAAACCCCCGAAUGAGAGGGAAAUAAAUGACUAUUUCUUAUGAAGUUGGCCUGAACUGUGGGCUUGGGUGUGGGGUGCUGAUGACUGGGGAAGAACUGUGUAAGUUCUGCAGAAUGAACGACAGCCUUGGGUAUGGUGAGUCCCCCAUUCCUCUGUUCCUCACUGAAGUCCUCUUGCUGAGCCAAGGUUCAGUCACUUUGGAAAGAAUACCACUAGCCAGUAUGAUAGCCUGGAAAACUGUUAUUUUCUGAUGGGGAAUGCCUCUGAGUGUAAAUUCUGAAGCCUUCUCUGGGUCUAACUCUUCUCUGUCGUGACUGGAUCUGGUGUCUGCAAAGCCAAACAUUUAACUCUUUACAAUGUUUCUCAGAGCUCUGACUGGGGUUGCCCUUUGUACAUGGUGACCACAGGCCAUUCAUCUCCCGGUGUCAGGAUUUUCUGGACAUCCGUUAUUUUUCUGCAGAGAGCCGAGGUGGUCACAACUCACUGAGCAAUAAAUGAAAUGACUCGGAAAUGCACCGUGUUGUUACGAAGGUGUUUGAAAUUUGGCACCACUCCCUUGAGAGUGCCCACUCAGGAGGGAUCAGGGUUGUUAGCCUCUGUGCCUACAGAGAGAAGCAGCUGCGCCAGCCAUGUGCUGUCCGGUGGGAAGGCAGGACGGUCUGAUGUCAAGCAGUCCAUCUUGCUGUUUUGGAAAGCACACAACAGAGCUACAAACCUGCAAUGAUGACUUUUCUUCAAAUGUGUGAAAUAAUGCUUUAUCUGUCAAGUCCGCUGUAAAAUAAGCAUCAUCCAAGUAAAACAAACAAACAAAAAACCCCGAAAAACAACAACAAAAAAACCACAAAAAAAAAAAAAAAAAAACAACAUUGUUUCUGUUUGUGUUUAGUGAGUGAGCUCAUACCCUCAAGUGUUUUGUUUGGUUUUGUUUUUAAUAACCUGAUCUAGUUGAGCCUGUGAACAUAGAUCUCUUUUGCUCUACAGAGAGGCUAUGCCAAAGCCUUUACAGAUAAGCUUCCGGAUAUAAUAAUCAGAUCAUCUCAGAAUUCCUCAUCUAAAUACCAUUGCUCCUUGGCAACCUGUCAAGUGAAAGUGAAUAUCCUGCCAGAAAACAAACAUUUCGUUUGUUUGUUGUCAAAUUUCUUUUUUUAUUUCUGCAUAAAUAAGGGAAAUGAUUGUUCCAAUGUACCAUGGAGUUGACAUAUUGUCUUAAACAAGAAGAGCCAGUGAAUGUUAUUUAUAUUUUGGGAAAUCUUAGAUGGAGACGCCUCUACUCGGAAAACUAACUGUUUGUUGUUUCUGUUCUUAUUUAUUAUUAGUAGUAAUAGUAAAAGUAGUAUGGUUGUAUUUGUUUAAUUAGGUCAUGUCUUACGUUCCAAGUCAUAAUGGAACCAAUGGGAGUAAGAUGGAAGAUAAUUAUUUUCAAACAGCCAAGUUAAUUUUGGCAGAGAGGAACAAACCCAUGAGACCUGGCCGUGGUGGAGCUUCUGGGGUCGGGCCACCUAAGGACAGCGGAGAUUCUCAGAAAGAUAAGAAUGAGUCCUGGGAUUUUCCAUAAAACCUCAAUUUAGGGGCCUAGGGGAAAACGCUAUCAAUUUGAAAGAAACUGUCCAAAUGAUCAAUACGUAUUUUUUACCAUCCCAGACUACUUGGAGUCAUGACAACUAAAGUAACCAACUACUGAUGUUUGAAGUUUUGCUCCAAUGAGGGAACAAUGAUGCAAAAUGAAUAUAGUGCAGAAACCUAAUGGCAUCCUUUUAUUAAGAGUAAUUUUUUUUUCUUUCUAUUUAAAAGAAUACUUGCUAAGUGGUUGAAACCGUCUGCGUCUUUGUAUAGAGGCAAAAUACUCCCCCAGACCUGGUCAUGCAGUUCUCUUAACUUUUCAAAGAAUUUUUCUUCUUCAAGUACAGAUGUAAGCUUCUGCCCGAGGUCACAAAUGCCAUGGUAGUGAAGCCCAGUGAAUGAGUUUUCAUUAUAUAUAACCUCCGCAGCCCGGUGUACUAAUAAAUACCAUCAUAAAGCAGUCUGCUAAGUAGAGAGACCACUGUGAUCCCUUUUGUUGAUAAAAAUAGUAAUGAAACUCCCAUCUGCAGUUGCUUGA